GCUGUUUGAUUGGCUAACACAAUGUGCGUCUACAUUGCUUCUUCUAUGAUUGGCUCUUCAACACUGUCCAUCAGGCUUUGCCCCGCCCUCUUAUAAUGCAGCAUGGGCGAAAAUACCAGACCCAAGUGCUACAGCUGAGAAAGCAAGACCUCCUUAGACUGCGCAUUUCUCUUUAUAAGCAAAAGUAAUGUUUCAACAAUGCCGAUAGUAGAUAAACUCAAGGAGGCAUUGAAACCUGGACGGAAGGAGACUAGCGAUGAAGGAGAUCUCAACAAAUUGCUGGCGUCUUCAGCAAAAAAGGUCCUUCUGCAAAAAAUUGAGUUUGAACCUGCCAGCAAAGGAUUCUCCUAUCAGCUAGACAGUUUAAAGAACAAGUAUGUGAUCCUCAAUCCCAAGAAUGAGGCUGCUCCUGGACAGAAGGUCGCGGAGCCUGUCCAAAUCAAAAGGCAAGCCACAGAAAAUGUCAUAGGAAAUCAGAGCGAUGGUAUCCCAGCUCCUCAGAAAUUCCUUUUCUCUGGGAAUAAGCUGACCCUUAAAUGGGAGCGAGUGUACAGAGUGGGAGCCGGUCUCCACAACCUCGGGAACACCUGCUUCCUCAACUCCACGGUGCAGUGUCUCACCUACACACCGCCACUCGCCAACUACUUACUCUCAAAGGAGCACAGUCGGGCUUGUCACCAGUCAGGAUUUUGUAUGAUCUGUGUAAUGCAGAAUCAUAUUAUCCAAGCCUUUGCCAACACUGGUAAUGCCAUAAAGCCAGUCUCCUUCAUCAGAGACCUCAAGAAGAUUGCCAGACACUUUCGUUUCGGCAGCCAGGAGGAUGCUCACGAGUUUUUGCGGUAUACCAUUGAUGCCAUGCAAAAAGCCUGUCUUAAUGGAUACCCAAAGCUUGACAGGCAAACCCAAGCCACAACGUUGGUUCACCAGAUCUUUGGAGGUUACCUCAGGUCAAGAGUGAAAUGCUCUAUUUGCAAAAGUGUGUCAGAUACAUAUGACCCCUACCUGGACAUUGCUGUUGAGAUUCGGCAAGCUGCUAACAUUGUGCGUGCUCUGGAGCUCUUUGUGAAACCAGAUGUGUUGAGUGGAGAAAAUGCCUACAUGUGUGCCAAGUGCAAAAAGAAAGUGCCAGCUACCAAGCGCUUUACAGUUCAUCGAACAUCAAAUGUGCUUACUCUUUCUCUGAAGAGAUUUGCCAACUUUAGUGGAGGGAAAAUAACAAAGGAUGUAGGAUACCCAGAGUUUCUAAACAUCCGUCCCUACAUGUCCCAAAGCUCAGGUGAUCCAGUUAUGUACGGCCUUUAUGCUGUGCUUGUGCAUUCUGGCUACAGCUGUCAUGCUGGCCAUUACUACUGCUACGUCAAGGCAAGCAAUGGGCAAUGGUACCAAAUGAAUGAUUCAAUGGUGCACUCUAGUAACAUCAAAGUGGUGUUGAACCAGCAAGCUUAUGUGCUUUUCUACCUGCGUAUCCCUGAGACCAAGAAAAAUGCUGAUGGCCAGACCACAAAGCAGGCAGCAUUGAACCCCGGGAAAAACGGUGCAUCUUCAGACCAAAUUAAAAGAACCAAUCUCAAUGGCCCUCUGUCCUCUCCUCAGAUCACAAAGAAACUUGAGCCUGCCCAGCUUCGCAAAAUUCAAUCCAUGGAUGGAGGUUUGGGUUUACCCAUUUCUAGAAAUGGUGUGAGCAGUCAGUCACAACCAAGGCUGUCCAGUUGGACUGGUGGUCUACCCAAACAGCUGAGUGGUCCCACGGUCAUUGAGGAACCAUUCAAAAAAAUGAAGAAACCCACUCCUCAGAGCCAGGUGCCGUCACGUAGCAGCACCCCAACUCCUUCUGCCAAUGGAGUCAUUCGGACAGAAGGGGACAAGAAGCAGGGCAGUGAGGGCAGGGGUAUGGCACAGUCUACCUCAAUCAAGUCUUUGUCUGACUCAUCCUCUGCCGACACUACGGAUUCAAAGGAUUCUUAUGGACCUAAAAGUGCACCGGUAGGAGAGACCCCAUCCACUCCUCGCAAAGGCUCCAAUGGUGUGGCAUCUCCAGCCAAAAGUGUGGAGCGCUCUCAGAGCACGGAGGAGCAGAAGACAAAAAUAAAGACUGCAUCGCUCAACAACAUCUCUGCUGAAGCCACCAGCACCAUGUCUCCUCCACCUGCCAAAAAGCUGGCCCUAUCUGCAAAGAAGGCUCGCAGGGAGAGUCGCAACAGCACUGAUGCCUCGCCCUCUUUGCCAUGCCAGCUGUCCAGUGACCCUAUGCAUCAAACUCAUCAAACUCAACUAAACCCUCUUUCUUUGCCAUCAACACACUCACUCAGAGCUGACCCAUUCCAUUCACCUAAAGUCAAUUCUUCGUUGGUUGCUCACACAAGUGGAACCUUCAAACAGCAGAGCCCCCAGACACAAGCUCUUCUUUCCCCUCCUAAAAAACUCUCCUCUAGCCUUUCUUUUAUCACCAAUGGGCUUCACAAUCUGGCCCCAAAGAUCAACAAGUCUUUCAGCAAUCUUAACUCUACAGAACAAAAACAACAUGUUCACAAUGGCAUAGAUCAAGAGGUCGUUCAAAAGAAGAAAAAAAAGAAAAGGAAGAGGCGACAUUCUGAGGUGGAUUGUAAUGUUGUAGCUUUAACAGAGACACAAGCUGAAAGUGUUGAAGCUAUGAAUGAACCUACGAGUGAACCUAUGAGCAAAAAGAAACACAAAAAGAAAAAGCGAAAACGAAAGGGAGAGAAUGGUGAAUUUACAGGAAAGGAUUGUGUCCAAAACCAUCGAGAAACAUCAGCUCAAGAUGAAGAUUGGUGUGAAGGGGGGAUUUGGAGUUUAUCGUCCAGUUUUGACACUGGAAAGUCUAAAAAGGUAGUUAGCACAUCCCCAGAGCAUUGUGAAUCCCAUUCUAUCAACGAGGAAGAUAGUAAAGUUUUGCUAAAAAAGAAGAAGAAAAAGAAGAGGAAAAAGCUACUUGAGGCUCUGCAGGCCACAGCUCUGACAGGCAGUUUUUCAGAAAGCUUUCAACAGUUGAAGGCCCCACUUAUUCAGAGUGACACGGGAGAUUUGAUCAAAUUGAAAAAGAAAAUCAAGAAGAAGAAACUAAAAGAAUUGGGACUGGUGGAGGAGAGCAAACAUUUUGAGAAUAGUGAGCCACAAAAACUACAGGAUCCUUCACCAGAAAAAGAAAAGACCAACAAAAAAAGUACCGCCCCGGUAGUGUUGUGGAACAGUCAAGUGAAAGAUGGGUACAAGCGGAGCCAGGCACCAGCUCCUGUUUCAAAAGAGUCCCAGAACACCCCAACCCAUACUGCUCCUACUGUGUGGGACGGUAAAAAGUCUAGUGAUGUGGUUGAGGAGCUGCUUAAGAAUGCUACUGAUAAGGCCUAUGGAGCUAAUGUCCUCAGUUGGGAUGGUGAGUCGUCUGCCAUCAGUAAAGAUGCCUCUGAGGAUACACGCCAUGCCAAGUGUAACACUGUGAUUGAUGAAUGGGAUGAAGAAUUUGAUCGGGGAAAGGUGAAAAAAGUAAAAAACUAUAAAAGAGAGAAGUGGAGAAGCGGCAGCAUCUUCCAGAAAAUCCAGGACCAGAGGAACAAGUGGUGUGUGACCCCUGGAGGGAGGAGAGCAUUUGGAAUCAGGCGCUGAGUUUAAACUGACGAGAAAUUGACACGUUCACCUGGUUCUGACAGAUACCUUAUUCCUUUUACCUUGUGUUCUUUGUGCUGUGGGACUGAGAAAAAAGGUAUUUUUAAACAGCAGGGAUUUUGUGUCACGGUUAACCAAUAUGAAAUUUACAUUGCAAAUUUUAGAUCAAUUCUCGAUAAAUGUGAGUUAAUCUGUAAUGGGGACUAUAAAUAUGUUUGGAAGAAAGCUUAACCAUAUGAAUCUGAUAAAGGUUGUGGUCUCAAAGGUAAAGUGGCUGCUAAUAACUGUUCACAAUCUUAGUCUAAUUUGCUGCUGUUCAGCCAAGGGCUCUGGUUCGAUGUGGAAGUGACCUUUCCAUUCUUAUUUCUUAUACCAAAUUACACCCAUAGAUUGUUAUUCAUUUAAUUAAAUAUUACAUUUUUGCAUUUUCAUUUUCUGUCUUUUAUUUUGUAUGUGCUUGUGGCUUGUUUUAAAGGACCAAGUUUUGCCUCCCUUUGGUAAAAAUAUGACUUUAAACUUGCCACAGUAUUCUAACCAUGCAUGCUGUUCCAUUAAUGUUUUAUUUUUUCUUUAUAUUUUCUUGAUUUUAUCAGAUUUUAUUUCAAGUUAAUCUUAGGUAUUUUUUUUUAUCAUUUGCAGUUAGUUUUAUCAACAACUUAAAGUGCAAUUGUUUUUGUAAUGACGAGGUUAGGGUUGUUGGAGGAACCUAGAAGAGAGCCGUUAAAAGGUGCAGCUAUUGUUCCAUGAAUUUCACAUCCACCAGUCCUACAUUCUCCUGUCUGAAGGUUUGACUUGACUUUCUGUAAUUAACUUCACAACAAUCUUAAUUAUUGUAUUUAAAUAAAAUGAUUUUGUUUUCUGCGG